UGCAGUGGAUCAUGAACGAACCAACACUAUUGUGAUGAUGUGUUGCUGCUGUUGUUUUCUUUGCUUUGCUGCUCUGUUUAAUGGCUAAUUAUUUUUUAAACUCCCACCAUGGCCGAGAAAUUCAAUGGUUUUAGCCACGACGAUAUACUCAAAAUAACCGGAAUGAAGGAGGGCAGCAACGGGCACAGGCCACAGAGUGCGGAAGCAGUGAAGCAAGCUCUCCGAAACCAGCCCGGCAUUAGGCGCAUGCCCGAUAAGAAUAUCCGGCAGGGGCAGGCAGAUCAAUUGCGAAAGCAGCCACAAGCCCAAGCGAAGCCUCAACAAGUUGCGCCAGCAGCAAAGAAGACCACCACCAAAUCGGGCAGAAUUACACCCACGGAAUCGACGGCAGCUCCCACGCCAAACACUGACGCUCCGGCUCAAGUUUCACUCAACUUGGAGCGUCCGCUCUCCGACUCUCUGGUCGAAGCUCUCUACUGUGGCAAGGCCUCGGCUCCCUCAACGGGCAGAUCGGUUGCUACCACUGCCACGUAUGCGGAAGCUGGGGCCGCUACCAGUGUUGCCGUUGCUAGUGGCGACAGCAGCGAAGCGACAUUAGAUGACAGCUCAAUACUGAAGAUAAGCAAUAGUAAAAAUGGCACUACCAGCUCUGAUGAUGCCGCCAGCAUACUGCCCAGCACCAAAGACUCGUCGCGGGAGGGUCUGAACACGGACUCGCCCUUCAAGGGCGUCUCACUGCAGGACUUUGAGCAGCAGCGCAAGAUGAUCCAGGAGCAGAACAAGCAAAAGAAGCAAAUGCUCUACCAGGCCAUCGAGCAGCACACACAGAAAACGGCAGCGGAGUCGCGCAAAAUCGAGGAAAUACGUCACGAACUCUCCAAACUGGAGAACGAUCUGGCCGUGGAUGUGGCCAUGCUGAGGAAGCAGAUUGACAACGCUUGCAUACAUUUUGCCAAUGUAGAAAAACAAUAUGUGCGGAUCGAGGCUCAAUUCUUGAAGGCCAAGGUGGACCUGCACAAUGCCUCGGAGAAGAAAGAACUGCUGACGGAGCAUCUCUGCACUGUCAUAGCCCACAAUGAGGAUCGCAAGGCGCAGAAGCUCACGGAGCUAAUGCAGAAAGUGGGCCUGGCGCCAACGGACGAGCCACCGACCUCCCCGCCACAGAAUCUGAGUGAAUCUUAAUGAAUGGAAUAUUAGUUUUAGUAUGUAGUUUUGAAUGCUCUGUAUUGUUUAUGUCUAUUCACUGUUCGUAAUUAAGCAACAAAGUGCAAAUCGCAAUAAAUAAUGUGUAUUUUAUGUGUAAA